CUUCUCGCAAGACGUACACCGUGCCCGCCAUGUCGUCCUCCUCCUCGUCCGCGUACGCCUUCAAGCCCGGCGGCUCGCUCAAGUUCAAGGGCGGCGACGACGCGACCAAGAAGUCGAAGAAGAAGAAGUCGCGCUCCUCGCUCUCGUCGGCGCACAAGGAGAAGGAGCGGCGCGCGCUGACAGACGGCGGCGAGCUGCAGGGCGAGGAGGAGGCGCGCGAGCUGGCGGCGCAGGAGGCCGGCGCGUCCGGCUCGAGCAGCGCGGUGGCCGAGGCCAGCUCGUCGAGCAUGACGGAUGCCGAGCGGCGCUUCCAGGAGACGCGCAUGAAGCGGCUGAAGGACCGUGCCAAGAAGGAGGCGAAGCGCUCGCACAAGGACAAGGUUGACGAGUUCAACAAGUAUCUCGAGGCCCAGACCGAUCACUUCGACCUGCCUCGCAUCGGCCCCGGCUAAGCCUCACAUCUUCGCGUACUACAGUCUCGGCCAGAGCAAUCAUACCUUCCACGCGCAUCUCGUGCCCUCUACGCUCAGCGAGUGCGAUGUACGUGGUCAUGUGUCUGAUUGAGCAGCAGCAGUCAUCCACGGGCGGUAUCAUACAA